AUGGCUGAAGAUCCCCAGCCUCUGACUCUGCAACAACGCAUUGCGGCAUUGAACGCUGCUCAUGUUGGUCGAGUGCCAGGAGAGCCUCCUCGACCCUCGCCGUCUCACCCUCCGCCGAUCCCCAACAGGCGGCCUGUCAUUGUCAAACAGAACACCUUCAACAAUCCUCCAGAAAGCCUCCAUGGUUCUGUCACCGACCGCAAUGUUGGCAAUCAGCCUGCGCCGCCCCCUGCAGCGAAGAAACCGCCCCCUCCCCUUCCGAUUAGAAACAACUCGCUGGACGAGCAGAGGCGGGGCUCGGUAGCCUCGACUACCUCGAAUGGCACAGUGGACACAGUAUCUUCAAUCACGGCCACUCAACGAGGAAAGUCAACGGAUUCCCUGAGUCGAGUUAAAGCACCAGCAUGGGGAGAGUCCGAACUACCUCCCUUGCCUCCACGAGGUGCACCCCCCCAGCCUCUGACCAGAAAGUACUCAGACGAGAAACCCAAAUAUGUCAAUCGAGCGCCAGGUUGCACGACUGCCACGACCCCAGCCUCCACGCGAGAAGUCAAACCUGGUCCACCAUCAAGACCUUCCCUUCCCCCAAGACUACCUUCCAGAAAGAGCGUGAACGAAGGGCAUGACCAUGCUGCAGAAAGUCCUGGCUUUAAGCUGCCCCCGAUUCCCACCACGGCGGCUCUUGAGAAGGCAAAGAGAGCCGCAUUUCCUAAGACUGCUCAAAAACAGAUCGCUCACGUGGAGGUGGUUUCGCUCGUUGAACCUCAUGUCCCCAUGGACCAGAACAACAUGGCUUUACAACAUCGAACUGACGCCGAUGUCCACGCAAGAGACACAGUCAAUCUACCAAUAAGAGAUGUCAUUUCCUCAUUCGCAAAGAGCAAGCUGCAGUCGCAACAGCACGCCCCAGUCGCACCGCCCCCCGUGCCCCUAUCGUCAAGACCAGACCUAUCAGCCAUACAAGCGACCAAACCCAAGGUCUCCGCUGCAAACACAGCUGCAACUACCACACCAUCUAAUGUAUGUCUGACGUGUCGGGACUUCUCGGGCCCUGACCACCAAGCCACUCUUUUCCCAAGAACUCAAGUCACAUCCUUACAGACACUCGCCCAUCAAUUAACGUCGUCGUUCCCUUCUCCCACUGAUAAAGCUCGCGCCAUCUUCACUUGGCUUCAUUACAACAUUGCAUAUGAUGUGGUGGCUUUCUUCGGAAACAACGUGAAGCCCUCGAGCCCGCAGUCGACUCUCCAAAGUGGCUUGGCUGUGUGUGAAGGCUAUGCUGCUCUCUUCACCAACAUCGCUACCUAUGCUGGACUAGAGUCUGUUGUGAUUGGCGGGCAUGGCAAGGGCUACGGUUUCUCAGCACUCGCACCUGGCGCACCUCUCCCGCCUUACAGCACAGGCCAUGCUUGGAACGCUGUUAAGAUCGAUAACGGAGAAUGGAAGUUGAUUGAUUGUUGCUGGGGAGCUGGCCAUGUCCAAGGGGCCGGACAACCGUACAUCCAGAAAUUCAGUCCAGAGUUCUUCGCAAUGAGUAAUGAAGAAUUUGCCAUCAAGCAUUUCCCCGCAAACGGUGAUCAGUUUUUUCUUCCGGGAGGUCGACGGAUGUCAUGGGAGGAAUACAUUGUCAUUGACCCAGCCUGCUGGCCAGAUGGCGUCGAAGGCCCGACGGUGUUCACAAACGCGAAAGAGGACUACUCGAUCGGCGAGAAGUCUUUCUACCCUAGAGCGAGGAGAAUCAAUGUGCGACAAACAGGCAUGAUCCGGUUUCAGUUCAGUCUCUUCUGUCCGCACUGGACUCUGGACAGACACACGCGCAAAGGGCCUCCUCCCGUCUUUAUCGUGUCAGUCGAAGGCGUCGAUGGCCGCCACAAGGAUCUUAUUCCCAUGGAAUAUUAUCCCGGACCCAAUGGCCAAGGUGGCGAUACCUGGCUCGUGGAUAUACCUGCUCGGGAACUGGGUGCCCCGGGCCAGCGUAUUACUCUGUUUGCAGUGACGACUUUUGGGGACAGACAGGACGCACGCGGUUUGACGGUGCAGGAGUUUCUGAACGGCAAGGGUCGUGUUGGUAUGGGAUUCGUCGGCGUAGCUGCCUGGGACCUGGUUUGA